AUGGCCACGGCGCCGGUGUGCCCCGACUCCGGAUCCGGCUCCGGCUCCGGCCCCGGCCCCGGCCCCGACUCCGGCUCCGGCCCCGGCUCCGGCUCCAGCCUCGCCGCGUCGCCGCCAGACCUCCACGCCAUGCCCAUGGUGGCGCUCAACUACAGCCUGCGGCGCCGCCUCAGCCGCUACCUCAACCCGCGGGCGGCGGCGGCCGCCGACUGGACGACGCUGGCGGAGGCGCUGGGCUGCGAGUACCUGGAGAUCCGGUGGCUGGAGGCGCAGCCCGACCCCACCGCCGCGCUGCUGGAGGACUGGCAGUGCCGAUGCCCCGGCGGCGCCACCGUCGGCCGUCUCCUCGACCUCCUGCGCCACCUCGGCCGCGACGACGUCCUCCUCGACCUGUCCGGCAGCGUGGAGGAGGACUGUAGGAAGUACUUACAGAAGAAGCAGGAGGAGGCUGACCAGCCGCUUCAAGUGCCAGCAGUAGACAGCAGUGUGCCAAGGACGUCAGAGCUGAUGGGCAUCACCACCAGGGAUGAUCCCUAUGGGAACAGAACAGAGAUGUUUGAUGCCUUCAUCUGCUACUGUCAGAAGGACCUUCAGUUUGUCCAGGAGAUGAUCAGGGAGCUGGAACAAACGGAGUUCAAACUGAAGCUCUGCGUGUUUGAUCGGGAUGUCUUGCCAGGAACGUGUGUGUGGUCCAUCAGUGGAGAACUUAUAGAAAGGAGGUGCCGGAGGAUGGUGGUUGUCAUUUCAGAUGAUUACCUGGAAAGUGAUGAAUGUGAUUUUCAGACCAAAUUUGCUCUUAGCCUUUCCCCAGGUGCUCGUCUCAAACGGCUGAUUCCAGUCAAGUGCAAAACCAUGAAGAACGAGUUCCCAAGCAUCUUACGGUUCAUUACCGUUUGUGACUACACCAAUCCUUGCACCAAAAAGUGGUUCUGGACAAGACUGGCAAAAUCCCUCAUGCUGCCGUGAUGCAAAGUCACAAGAGCGAGAUGUUCUUCUGCACUCUGUCCUGGCUGCACCUUUGGACUGUGGUGUCUUUUCACAUAGGAUCUUGAACCACUUCAGAGCCUGGAUCCUUGCAGUCAGUGUUUGGAGCCUGCGACUGGGAGCAAAGAAUCUUCUCUUGUACUUCUUCAUAACUUGGAAGGGGAAAUAAAGCAACUCUGUGGCUGUUCCUGCUCAAGUCAGUGAGUAUCCAGCAUUUUGUGUAGGAAGCACUUUCACUGAAAAUACAGAAAAUAGAUGUUUAAAUACUGUCUAAUACAAGAAGGCUCUAUUAUAAGCAUUUAAUAAGCCCUCAGAGUUUCAAACAGCAAGCUUUCUUAAACAAGUAUUUCUUAUUAUUUUAAAGGCUGUUUAAUGGCUAUAGUAAUGUUUAAGGUUUUAAAUCCAGUGAAGUCCCAUGGCUGCCUGGUGAUCUGCAGGAACUGAGGUUUCAGACUUACUUUCCUGUUCUGUGAAUGGCUGGUGCCAUGAGAAUGGCUGGUUUCAGCAGGGAGGCCCAGCCUGCCCUGCUGCUGGCCAGUCUUUGGCCCACACUGGUUCUGAGGGUAGACAGUCUUCUUCAGUCCUUGUUUGGACAAAAGCAGAAGUGUAUUUUAAUUGUUAAAGAAAUGAAUGGUUCUCCCAUUAUGCUUAGCAAUAUCUGAAAAAUUAGAGCAAUUAUCUAUGUAAUUAUAACUAAUGCGGAAUUACUGAGCUUGGUGUAUUUUCUGUGGAGGUUUUUCUCCUCAAGUUAUAUCACAGUGUUCCUGUCUUGUAUUCCUUUACAGGGUAAAUCCCUUGUCACUAGUAUUUUCUGAGGCAGUCCCUCAAGUUUACUCUAGUUGUUGAAAGCAAGAAGGAUACACUGUUGUAUGACCUUGGUUGUGCCUGUCUUCUGCUCAGGUCACGUUUUGAUUAAGUGACCUCAUACCAAUAUUUUACAUUCCCAGAGGUUACAAAAUGUUUACAACAGAGCCUUCCUUUAGUAGAAAUUCAUAAAACAUAUUAUUUUCUGUGAAAGUCAUUACUGCACAAAGUGCAGGCUGCUGUUGGUGCAGGAAUGGGGCUAUGCAUCUUUGAGGAUCCAGAUCUUAAAUGCUUCACCUUUAAGAGCCUUCCAAAACACAUCAGCUGUUGGGGUGCCUCAAAGGCAUAGGGAUAAAUAUUGAAUAAAGAGUGUAUUAAAUUAUUAAUUAGGCUGCUUAAAAUAUAAAGGCUAGUAUUACCUUGAUAGGAAAGAGCAUAUUUAAAUGAACCACCACAAUAAUUACAGUGUUUCUGUGGCUAAGGCUCAGAGCAGCAUUGAUCUUGUUCUGCUUGUUAGACUUGGAUCCUUCAGAGCGACCAGUGGAUCUCAUCAGUUCUCUGUGCGCAGGGCUCUGGGGCAAGAGUUCUGCCCAAAGUAGCAUUUUAAAGCAACCCCUCGGUGUAUUAAACAGAUUUACAGCAAAUAUUUACUUUAUAAAUUGGGAAGAAAGGCACCUUGCUUAUGUAUCUGCAGCUGCUUGAACUCUGGCCCUUCACUCAUUACUUCAGCUACUGACUCAUGUUGAUUUUACAGCUUAAUGUUUUACUAGUUUAAAUUUUUAAGGUUGCAUCUGGAUGUGAUUUUGUUGGUUUUUUUUAAAAAGGAUUUGUUGUACAGCAUUACCAUGGCUGAGGUACAGACUGAAACAUGUGCUCCUGCCUCUCCCUCACGCACCUUGUUGAUGAACGGUGGUGGUGUAAAGUCCUGACAGCAGCCAGCCAUUGACCUGAACAUGGUGGAUGGAGCUUGUUCACACACAUCAUGUUAGUGUCAGGGCUCGUUUAUGGACAGGCUCAUGAGCUGGGAGUUAUUCAAGCCCUCCUGCAAACAUAAACUGCUGCCAUUGUGCCAAGGUGACAUUUGUACCUUUCUGUUUUGCUAGAACGAGUGAGCAGUCUGUGGGCAUGGCAGGAGAAAAGUUAAGCUGAUGAGGGAGUUUCUGAAUAGUUGGGCUUCAUGUCCUAUUGCCCUCAGGCAUCCUGCAGUAGUGGAGACAGCUGCUUGCCUCGGGGGGUCUGCAUAAUCGGUAAAAGUUAAUUGCAGGAGAGUUUCUUCUGGAGGCUGCUUGAUCCCCAGGCACGCUCCUGGGGCUCAAUGAAUUCUCAUACUCUGGAGUGUCUGUAAACAUUAAUUAUGGGUCAUUACUCGCAGGACCAAACCAGAUUCCUCUUGUUCUGAGAACUGAAAGGACUCUGGUAACUAGUUCGUGGGGAGCAGAGGCUCAGGAGGCUGCGCUGCAGACGCUAGAGGGAGGUAAUGGCCCGUGCUGACACCCUGCGAGGGUCCUGCCCGCUGACAAAGAGAAGUGUUUUUUUAUCUCUUCACUCUUCUAAGGAGGCCAUACCAAAACUAGCGUGAGUUUUGACAGAUUGAAUCUCGUGUAGUGAGUCCUGAUGGGUGGUUUGGGAUUUGGGAUGUUGGGAAUGAGGAAAAAAGUAACAGCAGCAAAAAUAAUCAUGUUUGUGAUCGAUGAUCGGUGAUCAUUGGAUGGGGGAAUGGCUGCUUCUGAUCAGGAAAGCAGAAACCAGAGCUGAAUUCCUAAAUCUUCUGGCUUCCAAUAGGUAAAUGCAAUAUUCCAGUUAAUGGUGAAAGAUGUCAGUGCUUGGGUGGGCUUUCCCUGUCCUGGUCCCCUGGUCUGCCUGACGCGAUGCUGGGUGAAUGUUGUUGCUGUCAGGCUGUUGCUUUACUGCAGGCUUGUCCUGGAGGCUAAGAUAAUUACUUGGGGUAAUAAAAAGUGAGGUAACAGCCCAUAAAUGUAAAGUAUGUGCCUUAAAUAUGUAUCCUCUUCUAUGUAAAAACCAGAUUGUGUGCUUCUGACAUUUUGAUACCUGUCUGGUCACAGUGGAGGGUGACAUCUGUGAACAGUAUAAAGUCUAGUUACUGUAAACACGUUUCAGUGGCAGUUGGGAUUUUCCUCCCCUCUUUCACGCUCAGUGGAAGGUCAAAAAUUUGAACAUCUUUAAGAAAGGAACUUAUAAAAUUGUGAUGUUGUGCUUUUUUUUUUGUCCCAUUUUGUUUCCUUUCCUCACUGAAAUUGUCUUAGUUGAAUCUUAGUACCAAAUCAUAUAUUUUUAUAUAUAUAUACAUAUAUAUUUUUAUUACUUCUAACCUGAUUGAAUCUGUGGAGAAGCCUAUGUGUUGUGUAGCCAUUCUGCAAAUAGUCAACCCUUCUGUGUUUUUUCUCCUCAAAACCCCAAAAAUUUGCUACUUGUGAGAACUUUUAAAAUAAAUCAAGAAUUAAAACCCA